AUGCGGAGUCUCAUCACGGAGAUUCUGGCAACGGAACCUAUCCUGGACCCUGAAGAAGAAGCCUUCGUCGUCUUCUCGCAAGAUAUCCCUUCUCAGUCACUCGGUUUCAUCGAUUCGCAGGACCCAACCCUAGAGAUUACGGUGGCGGGCCAUGAUCUGGUCAUUCAUCACUCAAAGGGUCUCUUGACCUCAAAUCGUAGCGAGGGGACUACUGGUGCUAUGGUAUGGAAAGUCACACCCUUAUUCGCAACAUGGAUCUCUUCCCCUACAAACUUCCUCUUCACAAAUCAGUUGAUCACGCCCAGCUCCACCAUACUCGAGCUCGGCGCAGGUGUAUCAGGCAUCGUGGCGCUCUGCCUGGGUUCCCGAGUAGCAAGCUAUACGGCCACCGAUCAAGACUACGUGCUUAAACUGCUUCGGCAGAACAUCGCCGAAAACCUCGGUACUGUGAUACCAGUGAAGAAAAACAGUGGGAGGGGGAGUAAGAAACAUCAGGGUCACUCAAAGAGUGGUGGUGGUGGUGGUGGUGGCGGCGGUAUCGACCGCAUCACAACAUUGGAGCUUGACUGGGAGACAGACGCCACUUUUCAUCUCAACCCUGUGGAUAUGAUCGUAGCGUGUGACUGUGUCUACAACGAAGCCCUCGUUGAGCCGCUCAAUGCAACGUGUGCUGCACUAUGUAGGCUGAAAGAGGGAAGUGGGAGCCCCACGCUAUGUCUGAUAGCGCAGCAGCUACGUAGUCCAGAAGUCUUUGAAACUUGGUUGAAAAGCUUUCAUCGAAGUUUUCAUGUCUGGCAGGUGCCUGAUAGCAUGCUAGGUGAGGGGUUGAAGGAGGGGAGUGGGUUCGUGGUGCACGUUGGCAUUAUGAGGUGA